GGAUUUGAAUAUGGAGCUUCCUUUCGAAGCCACCUCUGGGCAAAAUCGGCUUCAUUUCACCUAUCUUGACACCUUUGGAAGACCUGUGGUCGUGUAUCAUAAGAAUAAUCUGGUUGAGCAACACAUUCAAGAAUUUGAGGUUUGUUUAAACAGGUUAAAAUCACAAGGCUUACUCCACUGUUCAGUAAUUUAAUAGUCAAAUAAUUUAGUCAAAUAAUUUUACCAUUUAAAAGCUUCAAACGGACACUGAAAAGAAUUGAAAAUGAUUUCGACAUGGCCUUGUGUACUUUAAUCAUAACACAGGUAUACUGUAUCCUCGAAAAUCUCUACUGAUGACGACAUUUUAUUUUAGCUCGAGUACAGAUUCAACAAAAUUUUGCUCCUCCAAGAACCUUUGUUGCUGGUUGGUGCUCUGUAUCUCAUGUUUUUGGCAGUGAUCGUUUAUGUACGAAUGGACUUUUCGAUAACAAAGGUAAGUCUCACCAGUGAUUGAGGACCAACGCUGCAAACAAUUCAGGGCUUGAAAUAAUUAUUCAAUGUGCAGAUUGUCCGGAAAAAGAGACUCGAAACGUACGUUGGUGGUAAAUCAAGUCUGAAUAAAUAUGUAAUACUUUAAUUGCCAAACGCCACUAGUAUGUACAGUACAGUACAAUUAAAAUGCUUUUUAAAGUUAACAAUUGUGUAUUCUUUGCGGGAUGAUCAGAGACAACUGAUCGCAAUUUUUUGUCCGUACAAAAGGCCCAACCAAUUUAGCAAUUAAUUGGACAAACUUUAAUUUGGUCGGAAAUUGCGCGAUGUUCGAGCGUUAUUUCAAGCUCAGCUGUAAUUACAGAAACUUGACGGUCAUGAUAACCAGGGAAAUUAAAUUACGCCGGUCAAGUACAAAUUCCUCUCGGUGAAACAUGUCGCAACUGUUCAUUAGGAAAAACAAUAACAUUUUCUAAUUUAAUUACUUUUGGAGCUGAGCAUUCUGGUUCCAUCUUGGAUAUAUUUACUAAAUUUGUGCAGUGUUUUGUGAAAAUGAAAUUCCGAGCACAUGUAUAUCACGAUAUCUGAUUGGCUGGCAAGGAAUUUAGAUUACCCCGCUUGCACUUCAAUUAUGCGUGUUAACAUUAAAUAUCAACGCAGUACUGUAUGCUCACUGUCAAAAAUACUUACCCGGUUCAAAUGGUCACUGAAAACCAAAAAGGCCGGGCCGGUCAAUGUCGUAAAAUCGCCGGUCAUUGGCCGGUCGUUAUAUCCAGCGCUGAAAAUUAAGACUAGAGUUUGGAACGAGCAAUUUUUUUUUGAAACGACUGGAUUUUGUGUUCCAGAACAUCUCAUGAGUAUGCAAAUUAUAUGACACUUCUGAAAAUGUCCAUUCAAAAUUGGUCGGUUGUUAACCGGCUCUUGUUGUGUCGUGGCCACCACGCUUGCCUUUCAAGUAAGGAGAGCCGGAUUCAAUCCUUGGUAGGAACUCUACUCAAGGUCUUAGAAUAAUUGAGGAGAAAGUGCUACCUUUACAUUAACAUCAGUAAUUAGUAUUUUUGCACAAGUGAACAUAACAAAUUCUACAAGUUGAUUGGUCAAAUGUUACGUGUUAAGUAUAGGUUAUUUUGACCUACAAAGGUGAAUAUAACAAAACCGAAAUUUUCAAAAUGGCGGCUAGCCGUUUUGUGGAUGUUAUACUGAUAAAGAAAUAAGCGAAAUUAAAAUAAAUUCAGAUCCAAAAAACACAAAAAUACUAUACCUCAGGAUCGGUGAUUAUCGGGGAAUAUUCACCUCGACUUUGUCUCGGCGAAUAUUCCCCGAUAAUCACCUCCCCUUCGGCGAAUAAUUGUUAAAUGGUUUAUAGACUUUCGCAUCUGCUCGGAUAAGGACGUUUAACAUCGUAGGUACCUCGAAUCCCCUAUCAAUUGGACAAUAGCUUGUUGGGAAAUCCGCUCACCAAUGAGUGAGAAACUCUAUAAACGGUUCAUCAAGCAGUUCAUUCGAUGAACUCUUUGAAGAUUUUAAAAUUCAUUAGACAAAUGAAGUGGAUCGGUUGGAAUCAUUCUAUUGCUGGAACUGUAAUGAUAGACUAUGCAUGGUAUUAUUUUAGGACGCUGUUCAAGAAGCUCGUCUUCGUGCCGCGGGCCUAGUGGAAGAAUUGCUUGGGCUUUUGGAACAUCGCAGACGUUUAUACGAUUCAUAUAACGAUGUUGUGAAUAAGUACAAGUCGAGCAAAGAAUCUGCUGCAUUUAUGAAUGCUCGCAAGAAGAUUGAUAGCGAUUACCGUGGUGUUAGUAGCAAGAUUGCAGAACGACAAACUGCGCUGGCCAAUGAUCAACCAGAGAGCGCAGACAAGGUAAGAACUUUCCUCAGUAAAUCGUCUUUCUUUAAAGAUCAUAGCAUAAAGGCCGCUUUACACUAUCAAUGUUUCUGUGAUCGUAGUUGGAAUUUUCCAUCGGUAAAUUGUGAAGAAUUUGCAAGAUAUCUUUGAGGGAAUUGGCUCACAUUUUAACACAACCAAAGCUUUCUUACAAAUUCUUUAAAGCAUAGAAUUUACCUAUGCAAAAUUCCUACUGUGAUCACAAAAACCUUGAUAGUGUAAACCAGCCUUAGGAAUUAAAUUAUGAAUGGAGCUGUGCUGGUAACGAUGCUUGUAUAUAGAAUAAUAAUGAUGAUUUUCCAGUCGUUUUAACAAGUUGGCACCGAGUCUUGUACUGUACAUGUUUUGGCAUUGAAUUACAUUUUUGACUCGAAUUUGAAGAUUUAUUGAACACUCCACAAAGGGGGCUUUUUAGUGAUCAAGUACAUACAAUUUAAACUACAGCUAAUUAGAGAUCUAUAAGUAGCAAGAAUAAAAAAAAUAAAUAAGUCCAAUUUAAUGUCAUUGUUAACGCCACGCAAUUUUCUUACAUGCUUACGUCACGCAAUUCGAAUCCAUCUAAAUAUUAUGUAUACGCAAUGCAAUGUGGGAUACAUGUGAUGAGAGUCAAAUAUUCAUUGUUUCACCGUGACAUGACGACUUCUAAGGUUCCUGUAACUCUAAAAGGCCUGUAACAGCUUUUCCUUAAAACCUAUGAUACUAGUACAGAAUUUAAACUCAUUGUCAAGAGAAUUCCAUACGAUAAUUACCAACGACUUUUGUCCAGUAGCAGUCCCAAAAAAGGGAUAUUUAUUAAUCGUUUCGAAUAACACGUAACACGGCCAGAGGCCUCCUCUCUUGUAAUUGACCUUGACGUCAAAUAAUUUGAUGCGCGACUUGUCAUACAGCUUCUUCACAGGAAUGUGAUCCAACUUCUUCGCACCGUUAAUAAUGCGGGCUGCAAAGUUUUGUGUACGUUGCAACUUGGAUAUAUGGCCAGCGGAGGUACGUACCACUCCGGACAGAGGAACAGUAGGAUAGUUUGCUAAAGACAUGCAUGUGGAAGACAAUUAUAAAUGUUACUCCAAGUAUAAUUGUAUAAAAAUUCCACUCAAAAUUUCCAGGUACAAAUCCCUUCAACAAUUAGUUAUUUCGAGUGAGAUGCCCAAAAUCCUGUUAUUUACUCUAACAUCCGCCGAUCGUAUUUUCCAUGGCAAUUUGAAACAUUCCUAUAAUCUACUUUUUCAGAUGGUUGAUCUUCAACGAAAGGAGAGUGAUCUGAAGCGUCUGAUGGAGGAUGCCAUUACCUUGGCUCAAAAAGUUGUGGAUGGAAAGAUGAACAAGCAAUCGUAUGUGGAAAGUGAUGAGGCAAAUGCUACUAAACGUGAGAAACUUAGUCAGGAAAUCGAGAGCAUUCAAGAAAGCCUUUAAGAACACUCUGCAAAAUCUGGACUUGUACUAGGUAGUCGCAAAAUGCUCCUUGUAAGCAGUUUUAGUGUUAGCCAAUGUGAAAUUUUUGAAGUGUUUCCAAUAAAAGAUGGUUGAAAUCACUUUUUGUGAGCAUUUUGCUGCACAGUUUAGUUAAGUUUUCAUUCGAUCAAUGAAGCCCGGCAAUUGAAGCGA